UCCAAAACGCAGAAGUACCAAACAGGCAAACAUGACAGUAGACAGCGCCACCAUGGAAGACAUGGAAGCCGAGGCCGACCACCUCGGUAUCCAACUCUCCUCCAUCGACAUAAACUCUACAAACCCACCUCACUUUGAUUUCAGUGAAUGCCAAGAAGUGUUUUACGACGAGAAUGGUUUCAUUCCCAAUAUUGAGUUUGGGAGUGUGAUUGUGGUUAAUAACCUGCCCGUUGUUGAGGCAGAGAUGGCCAAGGAGCUCGAAAGCGAGAUUCGAGUGGUGUUUAAUGAUGUUGGUGUUAUUAAGGAAGAUGGGUUUGCGAUGCCUGUGAAUCCCAGCACCCAGGAAACCUUGGGUCAUUGUUUCAUAGAGUUUAAUUCUCAUCAGGAAGCUGCACUUGCUAGGAACAAGAGGGAUGGACACACGUUCGGUAACUGCAAGAUGUCAGUAACCCUAUAUGAUGCCUUUGGCAGUUUAGUUGAAACCCCUGACCCGGUGACUUGUUCAGAGACUAAUGCAUCCUUUUUUGGGUCCUCAAGGUACUCAGGGUCGCCUUCCUUGCUUAACCCCGUGACAGAGGAAGACGAGGAACCCGUUUAUAGUGAUGUCUCUACUGUGGAUGACCUCCAUGAAAUAAUGCAGUGGAGUGACCAAGAAAGCGAUAUGAGCAGUGAGAAAUUUAGGUAACUCACGGAUUAGUAGUAUGAUGAGAAUUCCCAAGAAAUGUAGUGAAACCAAUUAGGUUCAAAUUCCUCAUCUUGCCUUGUUCUGGAUGAUUACAAGCUUUCCGUACACUCUUUGGAAACAUCUGACCUGCCUUCACUUGUAAAGUAGUAGGAACUAGGAAAAGAUUGUGUUCUUGUAAGCAGGAUGCUGUUAUGCAGUUUGAGCUAUCAAGUAUCAAUGUUGAAAACUAGUAUCCUUCUUUGCUUGUAAUUGAAGAAACAUAAAUGUCUUCAAUUUCUUUUGACAUCUGAUAAUAGACGUCGUCAUAGAUAAUUGAAAAAUGAA